CGCGAAUUACGUCCAUAACCGACUACUCCGCAUCUGCUCGAAUAACCUGCAACUGAAGCCGCGAGCAACGUAGCACCAUCCAUCUCCCCUGCAGGAGCGAAGCUUGCGCGAGAAUGUCACGCUCCACGAUACCCAGCAAGCGAUCGGCGGAUGCCCAAGAAGAUGCGUGGGUGGCAGACGAGGACCGAUUCGUGCUACAGCAGUCGAAGAAGAAGGCAGCCAUUAGAGCAAGAGGCGGCAGAGCCCAGCCGAUAGACUGGUUGGCAGUGACGUUGGCGGUCAUCGACCCCGAGCGCAAUCCGCUGGGCGACGACGUGGAUGUCGAUGAGCUGGAGACGGUGGACCCCGAAGCAGUGUUCGAAGGCUUGAACGAUGAACAAUUAGGGGAACUAGAAAAGGGUAUCGACACAUACGUCACGCUGGAGAAGAGCAAAAGCAAUCAUGACUACUGGACUAUGAUGAAGACUAUCUGCAAAGAUCGACGAAAGGGCGCUCAGGGCGCACAAUCGACCGCGAGAGGUGUAAGCGCCGUAGCAUCAGAUCUGGACAAACUUCUCGGUCCCAAAACUCUGGAAGAACUAGAGAAAUUGGAACGACAAAUCCGGGGCAAGCUCUCAUCCAAUGAGCCAAUUGAUACUGACUACUGGGAACACCUGUUGAAGAGUUUGCUCACUUACAAAGCUCGAGCCAGACUGCGAAAAGUGUCUCAAUCGAUCCUGGAAGCGCGGUCUGGCGGUUUGCGCAAACAGCAAGUCGCGGACGCGGAAGAACUCAAGUCACGGUUACUAGCUCAUCUGGAGAACUCUGGUGACGGCAAAGUAGCUCCAGAUCCUGUCGACCAAGCUGGUAGACAUGCGCUCGACCCAGAGUCGCUGUUGCGAUUGCGUCCGGAAGACAAGUCAUUGACCGCAAUGACCGCCAAGGAGUUUGCGCAGCAAUUGGCUGAUGAUAGGCGAAAGGUGCUGACAACAGGGUUUUUGCCGUGCCGCAAGGAGUCUGCAGCAUUGGGUAGUGGAGGACACAUCGCAAAGCGCGCCCGAACCGAUGGCGGCGAAACAGCUCCCUUCCAAUCUGCUUUUGAACGUGAAGUGGCGCGAGGCCUUAGCGAGAACGAAGAGCUCUUCGCUCAGGAAGUGGAAGUCAUUACCAAAAACCGCGCUCAAUGGGCCCAGCAACAUCGGCCUCGGAAACCGAAAUAUUUCAACAGAGUCUUGCUCGGAUACGAGUGGAAUAAGUAUAAUCAAACCCACUACGACCACGAUAAUCCUCCACCAAGGGUCGUACAGGGAUACAGGUUCAACGUCUUCUUCCCGGAUCUGGUGGACAAAACGAAAGCGCCCACUUAUCGCAUCGAGCGUGAGAACGGCAGGAGGCGAGGAGAGACGUUGGCACCAGCAGGAGAGGAUGACACGUGCUUGAUCCGUUUCACUGCCGGUCCGCCCUAUGAAGACAUUGCCUUUCGCAUCGUGGACAAGGAGUGGGAUUACAGUGCCAAACGCGAGCGCGGGUUCAGGAGCAGUUUUGACAAGGGCAUAUUACAGCUUUACUUCAUGUUCAAAAAGAUUUACUACAGAAAGUAGGCCACGAAACUGCACUCAGCCACCUCUUUGAGUGACCCCUCCUCACUGAAACUGUACUUGGUGUCGAAAGUCCACGAAAUGGUGUGUCACGAUAUUUCAGGAUCGACAGCGGGCGCUGCAGCCACUGAACGUGGCUGCACACGUUUCGCAGCGCCUGUCAAGACUAGCGAGGACAUCUCUACGAAUCAACAUUUUCUGACACCUGCUGUGCCUGCGCGACGACUGCACAUUCGUGCCUGUCUUCUCACGUUGACAGCAUCACGGCGCGAGACACGCAAUACUCACCACAACAGCGUUGACAGCUGCCGUGGUCCCAUCCCUACAGGAUUGUGCGCCCUUUUACCACACUGCAGUCGGAUCGAACAAUGAAUAGCGCCAUCUGAGACACUUUUUCGGCGCACGAAAGAUCGAGAGCAUGGGUGCUGCAGGGUGCAUGCGGGAACAUGCACCCAAAGCCCGGGAGCGCGCAUGAUGUGUGGCGCGAGGCAGAGUGUUCUGUCCUGCGCUGAGUGCAACACCAGGACGGAUUACAGCCGCCAGGGACGAAUCUUGAGCAGAGAGGGGCUCUGUUGAUCAUCUCAGACUGGCGCACCUUAUACCAUCAGCUAGUCCAAAGCAAACGUCAAACAUUGCAUGUCGUUCUACCAAGCGGAGCAGGUUGGAGCAUGACAAAAAGGCAUUGACGAUUGCAUACCCGUCUAGGGCGCCUUUUUCCGCGCGAACCACUUCUAGAAGGCUGAGAUUCCCGGUCCAUGUCCAGUGCGUGCGGGCGCCAUUCCCAGAGCCGCGACGGCAUUGCACUACCAUUACAAAAGGCCGAAGCCUAGGCAGUAUGCGCGGGCCCGUGGGACUGCUGCACACGCGGGAGUCACCCUUCAAGCUGCUCCAACCACGCAUGUGUCGCUCUGUGUGACCCAGGUCCAUGACCACACCAGCAGACGUUGUGCGUGCCGGUGCCGCCAUCCAGUGUCUGCAUAAGUCUGUCGGCGGGCUCCCGGGCCAUGCCAUGUAGGCAGGGUUAUUCCUGAUGUCGUCUUUCUGUCAGACAAAGACAUCUCUGUUGGUCGUCAGAGCCUCUUCAUUGAUACUGUUUGCGUGCAAAAGCGCGGGCAGAGGCUCACAUCUCAGAUCACAAUGGCUUCUGCGCCGGCAGUCAUGGGCGUGCAGCCGAGAAUAAGACCAUGUGGACGGGCAUGCGCUGGCGACAGCAAAGAGUGUAUCCGUGACAAUGACCCUUUGGAUGCACGCGCGAGAUGCGACCAGGGCAUUUUCCAAAUAGACUGCAAAAGGCUGCAGCAUCGUAGGUUUUGUCCAUAUCUUUCUCGCUCUCUUCUCCCCAAU